AUGAGAUCCUGUUAUUCUCACAAAGGUACUAGCCCUGGAAAACAUAUUGGAAAAUGUGUAUCGUACGAUUCAAUUGAGAAAACAGAUAUGAACUCAGGAGAUAAUGGGACAUAUUCCUACUGCACUAUAUGUGGUAUAGUUCACAAAGAUCCUCAUAAACAAGCUUUGUACCCCUUACGAGAGGAUCAAUACAGAUGCAAUUAG